AUGGCACACUUUUCGGGUGUAGGUGCCUUUUUCAUCAUAGUUCUGAUCGUCGCUGUCAUCGGAGGGGUGGCUUGGAUUGUUUACACACAUUUGCGCGCACGACGAUUAGGCUUACCACAACCAUCCUUAUCAUCUUACAACCCAUUCAAAGGCGGAUCCGAUCGAUAUGGAGGAUCGGGGUCGGGGCAAGGUGGAGUGGUCGGAUGGGUGAAGGAUAAAGUUAAUGGAUUGAAGAAUCGCAAUAAUCGAUCAGCCGGAGGAGCGUAUGAGGAACCUUUGAGCAGCAACGUACGCGGUCGUGCAGCAAAUCGAGGUUUCGGUCCACUGGACCCUGAUGAUGCUUGGGAUGCCCGAGUCGGAACAGAAGCUGAUGCAUAUGGACCUGGAGGAUAUUUCGAGGAACAAGAGCUCGGCUUACAUGGUGGUCAUUCGGGAGCUGCGGGAACGUCGGGUACGGGCCCUGGAUUCUCAAGUCCUCCUCGUGGCAGAAGCUUGAGUCGCGAACCGGAACCAUACGUUGGAGGAUCAAAAGCUGGGCUCGAUAGACGUUAUGAUGAGGAGAUGGGAAUACAAUCAGCGAACAAUCCUUUCGACGAUCCAUCCGAAUUGAGGGGUGUUAGUCCAAGACCAAUGGACACAAAAAAUAAGGCGCAUGAUGAUAAUCAUUCGGAGAGAAGGUCAAUGUUUAGAGAGAACAUGUAA